CUGGGGGUGUAAAAGAGAAAAAAAAAUUCUUUUGCAAGAAUACAGGUUGGCGGCUUCUGCGAGGGGCUUAUAUAAACGGUGGAGAGGCAGGUCAGCUCCCUCACUCUUUCCAGCCCGCCAGCUCUGCUACAACAAGACAUCAUGAAGGUCUUCUUGCUCUGCUCACUGGCCAUUGCAGCCACAGUCUCUGGCGACCCAAGCAAAGACAAAACAAGAGGGUAUGCAGGUGCUGGCCUGGGAGGUGCCGGAGGCGGUCUUGGUCUUGGAGGAGGCGGUGUAGGUCCUGGUGGGAUUCUCCCAGGAGGUGGUGUUGGUCCUGGUGGGAUUCUCCCAGGAGGUGAUGUUGGCUCUGGUGGGAUUUUCCCAGGUGGUGGUGUAGGUCCUGGUGGGAUUCUCCCAGGAGGGGGCGUAGGCCCUGGUGGGAUUCACCCAGGCGGCGUUAAUCCACCAGCGACCUGCAGAUACUGGUGUCGCACUCCCGAAGGCCAAGCUUACUGCUGUGAGAGCAACCAGGAAUUAGAAGGGCCCGUCGGCGUCAAAAUUGGGAACUGUCCCAGGGUUCGACCUCAGUGUCCUCCGGUGCGAUUUGGUGGCGCUCCCACCACCUGUUCCAACGACUUCAAGUGCGCCGGCGCUGACAAGUGCUGCUAUGACGUCUGUCUUGAGGAACACGUCUGCAAACCACAGAGCUAUUUUGGCUAAGAAAAAACAGAAAAUCUUUAAAUCUUGAUAUAAAGCAUGUCUGUGAUUGAUUGUUAAGAUUGUUGUUAUUCAUUGUUCCGUUCAAAACAGUUUCCCCUAUUAUUUAUUGGGCUUUCAUAAGGAAAAUAUUUCGAGUGUUUUCGAAUGUAAUACGUGAUUUCUGACGCACGAUAUUAGAGGAGAUCAGAACCUUGUUGCCUGGAUGUAAGGAGGGAGAAUAUAUGUUGUGAAAAUUAA